GGCGUAGUAACUCAUUUGAAGCGUACGGAGACAGGAAGAUCAUGACUGUCCUUUCCUCCUCUCUCAACUUGGUGAUCCAUUGACAGACCAUCGGCAAUAUGCCAGAAUCCAGGGUCGCUCUCUUUCUCGGUGUUGAUAUUUCCAUCACGGUUCUAGCUCUAUCCGUCGUCAUACUGAGAGUCUGGCAUCGAUGGUCGCAAAGCCGGCUCACAAUUUCAGAUUACCUGGUCAGCACGGCUAUGCUGGCUGCCGUCGUACAUCUGAUUCUUGAUAUUACCAUCACGGCCGCAUUUGGCUAUGGCCGUCACCAAAGAGAUCUCCCGCCAGAUCUCCAAGGGUCCUACAAGACCAAUCUCAUGUUCUGGCUUAUCCAAAUUUUCACCAAGCUUCCCCUAUUGUUCAGUAAACUCUCCCUAACGUUUGUUUAUCGCGACCUCAUGAGCCUCGUCGAUCAUCCCCUCGUCAGAUUCUCACGUGCUGUCAACUAUACCCUUAUAGUCGUUCUCGGAGGUUUCUUUACUGCUGCUACGCUCGUGAGCAUGUUCGCCUGCAACCCGGUCUAUAAAAGUUGGCUACCCAAGGUCCCGGGGCACUGCAUUGAUACGACUAUCAUGUUCAACUAUGUCACUGGUUCCGUCAAUGUGUCUACUAGUAUAUGCUUGAUUUGCAUUCCAUUACCAGUGUUAUAUCUGGCCAAGAACAAGCGCAUUGAGGUGAAGCAGUUGACUGCUUUGAUCCUUUUUGGUUUGAUCGAUACUGUAGUAUCCAUAGUCCGGCUCUACAUGAUUACCGAUCUUUACAACGUCAAAAGAGAUUUCACUUGGCUAAUCAUCCCCACACACAUCAUGAUCGUCGUCGAGAUGAAUAUUACCAUCAUUGCUGCCUCCUUGGUGGUCAUGCGACCCUGCUUUCAAGCCAUUUUCGACCUCGCCUUCCCCACGUCUCUCUACGCUAGCCACAAUGCAUCCAGCCGCGGAGAUUCCAACUACAACAGCAGGAGGUCGGAUGGAUACGUCAUGAGCCUGGAUGAUAACGAUGGCGCAGUCCGGCACGAAGAGUCUACUGGCAGGCGAGGGACAGGGGAGAGAAUCUUGAAGACAGUAGAUAUUGAAUUGGCGAGCAAGGAUGCGAGUACGGAAGACAUACUUAAAGAAAUCCGAUUACGAAAUCCAACUGAUCGACCAGAAUGGCACAACAAAUAAUCUGGGUAUUGAUCUACAGUUCACGUGAUCGAUCUUGCCGCAAGGUGGCCGACCAAAAUUUACUGGAAACCGUACAUAGGCAACGCACUUAAGCGUAGAAUAUUGCAACAUGCAGAGAGAGGGACCUACAUUAAGCAGAGCGUUCUAUGGUCGGCGAUGGUGACAUCGCCAAUUGGCCAAGCUUACUAAAUGUAACAUCAAGAAGGGAAGUGAACCAAGGGGCGAGGAAUCUCGAGAGUGUUACCCAGGCAAGUUAUAUGGACGCCGUUUAUUUGGUGUCUAACCUUUUGCAGGAAAUCGUCAAAGACCAGCUUUCACAAGUCUAUUGCACUAUUAGCGACACAAUAUAUUUAAUUUGCUUAGAGCUUGUUUUGAAGACAAGUUGUGAAGAGUAUUUAGGAAACACCACCUAGUUCACAAGAGGUCAUAGAGUUUGUCUUGCGUCCAUAUAUAGAGUUGCAAUCUCAGAUUUAGAUAUAGUUACACAUUGCGAGUUUGCAUUUUCUUCCGUCAG